UGUGCCCGAGGCCUGGCCCCGCUCCCUGCUGACCCUUGUGGACCCAGCAUGGCAGAGGCUGGCCUGAGGGGCUGGCUGCUCUGGACCCUGCUCCUGCACUUGGCCCAGAGCGAGCUGUACACACCCAUCCACCAGCCCGGCUACUGCACUUUCUACGAUGAAUGUGGGAAGAACCCAGAGCUGUCUGGAGGCCUCAUGUCACUGUCCAACGUGUCCUGCCUGUCCAACACACCCGCCCGCAACAUCACGGGCGAACACCUGGCCCUGUUACAGAGGAUCUGUCCCCGCCUCUACACCGGCCCCGACACCACCCAAGCCUGCUGCUCCGCCAAGCAGCUGGUGUCACUGGAGACGAGCAUGUCCCUCACCAAGGCCCUGCUCACCCGCUGCCCGGCCUGCUCCAACAAUUUCGUGAGCCUGCACUGCCACAACAUCUGCAGCCCCAACCAGAGCCUCUUCGUCAACGUGACCCGCGUGGCCCAACAAGGGGCUGGCCAGCCCCCCGCUGUGGUGGCCUACGAGGCCUUCUACCAGCGCAGCUUUGCAGAGCAGACCUACGAGUCCUGCAGCCGCGUGCGCAUCCCUGCGGCUGCCUCGCUAGCCGUGAGCACCAUGUGCGGCGUGUACGGCUCCGCCCUGUGCAAUGCCCAGCGCUGGCUGGACUUCCAGGGAGACACAGGAAAUGGCCUGGCCCCACUGUCCAUCACCUUCCACCUCUGCGAGCCCGGCCAGGCCCUGGGGAGUGGGAUGCAGCCUCUGAAUGAGGAGGUUGUGCCCUGCAAUGAGUCCCAAGGUGAAGACGCUACGGCCUGCUCCUGCCAGGACUGUGCUGCAUCCUGCCCUGUCAUAGCUCGCCCUCAGCCCCUGGACUCCACUUUCCGCCUGGGCCGGAUGCCAGGCGCCCUAGCCGUUAUCAUCAUCAUCUGCUCCAUCUUUGCCUUGCUCACCAUCUUCCUCGUGCACCGCCGUGUGGCCUCCAACAAGGACAAAGGCAAAACAGUGGAUCCCAAGGAGGGCACCAGCCUCCCCGACAAGCCCAAGCUCUCCACCCACACCAUCCUUGGCCAGUUCUUCCAGAGCUGGGGCACGUGGGUGGCCUCAUGGCCGGUGACCAUCCUGGUGUUGUCCACCAUGUUGGUGGUAGCCUUGGCAUCCGGCCUGGCCCACGUGGAACUCACCACAGACCCUGUGGAGCUGUGGUCGGCCCCCAACAGCCAAGCCCGGAGUGAGAAGGCUUUCCACGACCAGCAUUUUGGCCCCUUCUUCCGAACCAACCAGGUGAUCCUGACGGCUCCUAACCGGUCCAGUUAUAGGUAUGACUCCCUGCUGCUGGGGCCCAAGAACUUCAGUGGGAUCCUGGCCCUGGACCUGCUGCUGGAGCUGCUGGAGCUGCAGGAGAGGCUGCGGCACCUCCAGGUGUGGUCGCCCGAGGCGCAGCGCAACGUCUCUCUGCAGGACAUCUGCUACGCCCCCCUCAACCCCCACAACACUAGUCUCUCCGACUGCUGCAUCAACAGCCUCCUGCAGUAUUUCCAGAGCAACCGCACCCUCUUGCUGCUCACGGCCAACCAGACGCUGACGGGGCAGACCUCCCAGGUCGACUGGAGGGACCACUUUCUCUACUGCGCCAAUGCCCCCCUCACCUUCAAAGACGGCACGGCCCUGGCCCUGAGCUGCAUGGCUGACUACGGGGCCCCCAUCUUCCCUUUCCUUGCCGUGGGUGGGUACAAAGGGAAGGACUAUUCUGAGGCAGAGGCCCUGAUCAUGACGUUCUCCCUCAACAAUUACCCUGAGGGGGACCCCCGUCUGGCCCAGGCCAAGCUCUGGGAGGAGGCCUUCCUGGAGGAGAUGCGAGCCUUCCAGAGUCGGAUGGCCGGAAAGUUACAGGUCACAUUCAUGGCCGAGCGCUCUCUGGAGGAUGAGAUCAACCGCACCACGGCCGAGGACCUGCCCAUCUUCGCUGUCAGCUACUUGGUCAUCUUCCUAUACAUCUCCCUGGCCCUGGGCAGCUACUCCCACUGCAGCCGAGUGCUGGUGGACUCCAAGGCCACGCUGGGCCUGGGCGGGGUGGCCGUGGUGCUGGGAUCGGUCAUGGCUGCCAUGGGCUUCUUCUCCUACCUGGGUGUCCGCUCCUCCUUGAUCAUCCUCCAAGUAGUGCCUUUCCUGGUGCUGGCUGUGGGGGCCGACAACAUCUUCAUCUUUGUUCUCGAGUACCAGAGGCUGCCUCGGAGGCCUGGGGAGGAGCGGGAGGUCCACAUUGGCCGAGCCCUGGGCAGAGUGGCCCCCAGCAUGUUGCUGUGCAGCCUCUCUGAGGCCAUCUGCUUCUUCCUAGGGGCCCUGACCCCCAUGCCAGCUGUGCGGACCUUUGCCCUGACCUCCGGCCUUGCUGUGCUCUUCGACUUCCUGCUGCAGAUGUCUGCCUUCGUGGCCUUGCUCUCCCUGGAUAGCAAGAGGCAGGAGGCGUCCCGGAAGGACUUCUGCUGCUGCAUCAAGCCCCGGGAGCUGCCCCCACCUGGCCAGAACGAGGGGCCCCUGCUCUGCUUCUUCCGCAAGGUCUACGCCCCCUUCCUGCUGCACUGGCUCACCCGCGCGGUCGUGCUGCUGCUGUUUCUGGCCCUGUUUGGAGUGUGUCUCUACUUCAUGUGCCAAACCAACGUGGGAUUAGACCAGGAGCUGGCCCUGCCCACGGACUCGUACCUGCUUGACUACUUCCUCUUUCUGAACCGCUACUUUGAGGUGGGGGUCCCAGUGUACUUUGUCACCACCUCGGGCUACAACUUCUCCAGUGAGGAGGGCAUGAAUGCCAUCUGCUCCAGUGCAGGCUGUGCCAACAACUCCUUCACCCAGAAGAUCCAGUACGCCACUGAGUUUCCUGAGGAGUCUUACCUGGCCAUUGCUGCCUCCUCCUGGGUGGACGAUUUCAUUGACUGGCUGACCCCAUCCUCCUGCUGCCGCCUUUAUGCCUUCGGCCCCAAUACGGGCGAGUUUUGCCCCUCCACUGUCAAUUCCUUGUCCUGCUUGCAGAACUGCAUGGACUUCACGACGGGCAUCGUACGGCCCUCAGUGGAGCAGUUCCACAAGUAUCUCCCCUGGUUCCUGAGCGACCCGCCCAACAUCAAAUGUCCGAAAGGCGGCCUGGCAGCUUACAGCACCGCUGUGAAUCUGAGCUCAGAGGGCCAGGUGUUAGCCUCCCGGUUCAUGGCCUACCACAAGCCCCUGCACAGCUCGCAGGAUUACACAGAAGCUCUGCGGGCAGCUCGGGCGCUGGCAGCCAACAUCACCGCCGACCUGCGGAAGGUGCCCGGGACAGACCCAGCCUUUGAGGUCUUCCCCUACACGAUCAGCAACGUGUUUUACGAGCAGUACCUGACCGUCAUCCCAGAAGGGCUCUUCACACUCAGCGUCUGUCUUCUGCCCACCUUCAUCGUCUGCUGCGUCCUGCUGGGCAUGGACCUGCGCUCCGGCAUCCUCAACCUGGUCUCCAUCGUCAUGAUCCUCGUGGACAUUGUUGGCUUAAUGGCCCAGUGGGGCAUCAGCUACAACGCUGUGUCCCUCAUCAACCUGGUCAUGGCGGUGGGCAUGUCUGUGGAGUUUGUGUCCCACAUCACCCGCUCCUUUGCCAUCAGCACCAAGCCCACCCAGGUGGAGAGGGCCAAAGAGGCCACUAUCUCUAUGGGCAGUGCGGUGUUUGCAGGGGUGGCCAUGACCAACCUGCCUGGCAUCCUUGUCCUGGGCCUUGCCAAGUCCCAGCUCAUCCAGGUCUUCUUCUUCCGCCUCAACCUUAUCAUUACCUUGAUGGGCCUGCUGCACGGCCUGGUCUUCCUGCCAGUCAUCCUCAGCUACCUGGGGCCUGAUGUCAACCCAGCUCUGGUGCUGGAACAGAAGCUGGCUGAGGAGGCAGCAGAGGCCAGGAUGGUCUCCUGCCCAAAGCAUCCUUCCCCGGCCACCAACAUCUAUGACAAUGAUGGCUUUGAUGGUCCUGUCAGGGGUGCUGGCUCCAUCAACUCCAUGGCCCUGAACUGAAGGACCAUGAGGGUCUCCCUUGUAGUUGUCCCUUGACACCCCUCCCCCAAGGCCUAGGGAAGCUGUUCCCUGAGACUGCCUGUCACUUGAGGACGGCAUGCCCUCUGACCGUGAGGCUUCCAGGCUCCUCUGCUUCCAGAGUGGGCCCCUGGUUUCCGAGUCACUGGGGCCUUGGUCAGAAUGAGAUUGCCUCCUCCUUCUGGGCCUGGGUCUUGGAGUUGCUGGGAACAGACACUCUCCAUGUUCAUCCCAGACUCAGACUCUUUCAUAGGCGCUCACUUCUCUUCCAAUGUUUCCCUCUUCCAAUUCCGUCAAAAGGCCUCAAUUUCAUGUCAGUAAGUCUUUAACACUGACCAGUGUCCCUGAGAACAGAGACAGUGACCCCACCCCUGGCUGUGACAUCGCAGAAGGCCAGGGAGAGGCAAAGGCUCAGGCUGAGAGCCAGGGCCACGGGAGGCAGGCCAGCAGCCACCCCUCCAGGGUGCCCCUGAAGAUCUGCCAUCCACACCUCUUUCCGGUCAGGGAAGGGCCCAGGGAGGAUGUUCUCAUAAAGACCUUGGUCAUGGAUUAACCUCGCCUAGAAAAUGGUGUUGUGUUUGGCCUCCAGCUCCAAUGGUUAUUGAGGCUAUUGCUACUAGUCGAGGCCACCUGGGCCGGGAGCUCUUGGGGCCGGGCUCAUUCUCCCGCCUCCAUCUCAUGCCUGGAGCACAGGCCUGUGGGCCUCAAAACAGCCCAACCUGAGCCUCUGUGGAGAACUCUCCAGAAGCAUAAACUUUAGAAGAGAGAAAGAUGCCUUGCUCUGUGCUUAAUAAAUAUUUGUUGAGCAGAAAUGGCACAAUGUUUUAUGUCACAUGUCUAACUUUGGCUGCCUCUGGACUUAAGAUCAUUUUUGUAAAUGACAGAAAUAAUACACAUGUGGGAAAGUGAUGUUUUUGAGAUAUUUGUUUUGUUUUGUUCUAUUUCCCCACGCUCUUUUCAAGGAAGUAGCCAGGCCACCAUGCGCCCAUGCCUCACAAGUGACUUUGAGAGAGGGAGUAAUUUCUCCUCAAACCAGGAGGGCACAGAGCCCGGGACUCAGCCAAAAGUAGGACGUGCAGCUUCUUUCUUUCAGGGAACAUCCUAUGAAGUAGGCAAAACCUGGAGAACUUGCUGAAGGACCCAGGGGUGCGUUCGGGUAGGGAGGGACAAGCUAUACAGACUGCCAGCUCCCAGGCUGGGACAGUGGGUGAAAAGUGUCAAGGCACAUUUGAGAUCCCGCUUGAGACUUC